AUGCCUCGUCUGCCUAUUGCAACGCAGACCUUUCCUUCUUUCAUGCUAAUAUCAGCUGGUAUUUCGCUUGUGGUUGUUGGCUGGCUUGUCUACAUCAUUUACCAUGCUUACGUAACGCCUCUUCGACAUAUACCCGGGCCAUGGUACGCAAAAUUUACUCAUCUCUGGCUGAAAGUCCAGGUACUCGGAGGUCGACGCGUCCAGUACAUCCACGCACUUCAUCAAAUAUAUGGCCCCAUCGUGCACAUUUCUCCUGCAGAGAUCGCAGUCGCAGAUUUUGAUAUCUUCCGCGAAAUUCAUAGGAUCAAGUCCGGCUACCUUAAAAGCCCUUGGUAUCAAGAGUUCGGUCCGCCGGGGAUCUUUACCAUGAUCGAUCCUCACCGGCAUGCAAAGCGAAGACAGCUACUCGCGCGAGGGUUUAGUAAGUCAUAUCUACGACAGAACUGGGAGCCUAUGGUCAAGGAGAAAGCGGAGACGGCGGUGGAGAAGAUCAAAAGAGACGCUCAAAGAGGGACGGCAGAUAUUCUAAAGUGGUGGACCUUUUACACGACAGAUACUGUUGGCCAGUUGUCGUUUGGAGAGUCGUUUCACAUGCUAGAACAAGAGGAGAAAAAUACCUACAUUUAUGUCCUCGAGUCGGCUCUUAUGAUGAGUGGAAUCCAGACAGAGCUUCCUUUCCUUCGAUUCUGCAGGUAUCUACCCCUGCUAUCUAUCCGAAGACUCUUCCGCGCAGACGACUACCUUCUGGAGUACGGCACUCGUGCGGUAGCAAAUGUCAAGGGGCAGGAGGGUCACACCAGCAACGUCUUCUCUACCAUCUCCGCCGAAGCGGAGAAAGUAAACAUUGCCCUCUCGCCCCUGGACGUAAAUCGCGAAGCGGGAAAUUUCAUCGUCGCUGGAUCUGACACCACCGCCAUCACACUCACGUACCUGACCUGGGCAGUCUUGAAACAGCCUGGACUUCAAAGAGCUCUGGAGGGCGAAGUCCAUAGUUUAAAGUAUGAUUUUGCGGAUGCCGAUCUUGAAGCUCUGCCUCUACUCAACGCGGUGAUCGAAGAAACUCUCAGAUUAUACGGCGCGGCACCAGCCAGUCUUCCACGGACAACCCCUCCAGGUGGUGCAACCCACGGUGGAUACUUCGUUCCUGGCGGCACUACUGUCAGCACACAAGCUUUCACAAUCCACCGCGAUAGCUCUCUCUUCCCCAAUCCAGACAAAUUCGACCCUUCCCGCUUCCUUCAUAGAGAGAAACUAUCCGCAAAUGCUUCUGCCGCCCUUCAUGCUUUUGGUGCUGGCUCGAGGGUCUGUCUUGGAAUUCAUCUUGCUCGUAUGGAGCUUCGGAUUGCAGCAUGUUUGUUUUUCCGUGAAUGCGUUGGUGCGAAAUUGGCGGGCACCUGCACGGAUGAAAGUAUGGAGAUGGAGAACUAUUUCCUCAUAGCUCCCAAGUCUCACCGCUGUGAAAUAAUGUUGGAAGCAAACGUUUCCUGA